UGUUAGGCUAAGCAACUCUACCAUGUAACCUUCCACACAAUGCCAAUAAAAUUUCCCCUAAGAUCCACCAAAUUCUCACUUUUAGAAAAUCAAUUAACCGACCCACACAUACUCAUAAUCACAAUUCACAAUUAUUUAAAUUUUUUUUCUUGCUUCAUUCUUUCACCAUCAUCUUUCAAACAAAAACUAUGUCUCAAUUUGAUCCAUACAACCAUUUUGGUUUGAGUUACAAUCCCGACGGAACUCUCUACCGUGGCUACACCACUCCCAAAAUCGACACAAAUCCUGAUCCUUGUCCGGGAAUUUCCACCGUCUCCAAAGAUAUAACAAUCAACGAUGAGAAACAAUUAUGGGUUCGACUUUUUCGUCCAACAAAAAUUCCAUCAAACGAUACUACCGUGGCUCGUUUACCGAUAUUAAUUUAUUUUCAUAACGGUGGUUGGAUACUAUUAAGUCCAGCUGAUUCUGAUGUCCAUAAAACAACAUCGAAUCUUGCUUCUAAUGUUCCUAGUAUUGUUGUCUCUGUUGCCUAUCGUUGGGCACCAGAGACUAGACUUCCCGGACAAUAUCAGGAUGCCCGGGAAACAGUGUUGUGGGUGAAAAAACAAGUGACGGAUCCUAAUGGAGAAACAUGGUUGAGAGACUAUGGUGAUUUUUCGAGGUGUUAUAUUUAUGGAUGUGGUUGUGGUGGGAACAUUGCAUUCAAUGUAGCUAUGCAAAUUGCAGAUAUGGAUUUGGAACCUCUCAGAAUUUGUGGUUUAAUUAUGAAUCAACCUAUGUUUUCUGGAGAGAAAAGGACUCCAUCAGAAAUAAGGUUUGCCACAGACCAGACUUUGCCAUUACCAGUGUUGGACAUGAUGUGGGAAUUAGCUUUGCCUAAGGAAACAGACCGUGACCAUAGGUAUUGCAAUCCCAUGGUGAAAGGUCCACAUUUAGAUAAUGUGAGGAAGUUAGGGAGAUGUCUUGUUAUUGGCUUUGGUGGUGACAUCAUGGUUGAUCGACAACAACAAUUUGUGACAAUGUUGGCCAAAUGUGGGGUCCAAGUGGAAGCAAAGUUUGAUCCUGUGGGGUUCCACAAUAUUGACAUGGUUGACCCUGCUAGAGCUACUGCGGUUAUAAAUAUUGCAAGCGAGUUUAUACUUUGAGUUUUUGUCAUAGUUAGUUUAGUUAAUUAUAAUUGGAAUCAACAAAUAUAUAUGUACACUUUUUAAUUUGUAUCCUUAUAAUUUGAUUUAUCAAUGCAAGUUUGGUGCAACGUA